AUGACUGCAGGGGUGUCAGGAGGUCCUCUAUUUCUUUUUGCUCUUCUAUUACAAGUUGUCCUGAUUCAUGUAUUCUGCUCUUUGCCAACUGUUGUUCAUUCCAAAUGUAUCCUCUUCAAUUUUGGAGAUUCAAACUCUGACACAGGAGGGCUUAUGGCUGGACUUGGCCUCUACCUUGGCCCACCUGCUGGCCGACAGUUCUUCCACAAGACCACUGGUCGCUUUUGUGAUGGCCAGCUGUACAUUGAUUUCAUCUGUGAAAGCUUGAAGAUUAACUUUUUGAGCCCAUACUUGGAGUCUUCAGGUUCGAAUUUUUCACAUGGAGUGAACUUUGCUGUAGCUGGUGCAGCCACUGAACCAACUGCAAUUCCUUUCACUUUGUCUACUCAAGUACUUCAAUUCUUUCACUUCAAGAAUCGCACUCGAGAGCUCAGGGCACAAGGCUUAGGAUUAUUGAUCAGCGAAAAGGGGUUCCGAAAUGCGGUUUAUUCCUUUGACAUGGGGCAGAAUGAUAUUAGCAUUGCAUUAAGUUCAAAUGUAAGCUACUCAGCAGUCAUUGAAAAAAUCCCAUCUAUUCUCUCGAGGAUCAAAGAUGCCAUCAAGUCUAUAUAUAAAAAUGGUGGCAGAAAGUUCUGGGUAUACAACACUGGUCCCCUGGGCUGUUUACCUCAAAUGCUUGCUUUUCUCAAGAAAAAUGAUAGUGUGCUUGAUGCAGUGGGAUGUCUUGCAACUGUUAAUAAUGCUGCCAAAGAAUUUAAUGCUGGAUUGUGGGGCCUCUGCAACCAAAUUAGUUCAAAAUAUAAGGAUGCGACAGUUGUUUAUACCGAUAUGUUCGCGAUCAAGUAUGGUCUCAUCACCAAUCAUGCCAAAUACGGCUUUGUGAACCCAUUGAUGGCUUGUUGUGGCUAUGGUGGGACACCAUAUAAUUACAGAUUUAGUAUGCAAUGUGGUGAGCCUAAUGUCACUGCUUGUCCAGUGGGUUCUCGGUAUAUCAGUUGGGAUGGAGUUCAUUACACUGAAGCUGCCAACAGCAUAAUAGCUUCUAAGAUAUUGUCAGCAAAGUAUUCUGAACCCCAAAUUAAGUUAAAAAAUCUUUGCAAAGGCUGA